CCCAAGCAAGGCGGUGGCCUGUUUGGCACCCUCGGCAAUGCUGCUGGUGGUCUCGCUUCUGGCGUCGGAGGUGUAGCUUCAGGCACCGUCAACACCGUCGGAGGUGUCGUUGGCAACGUCGGACGCGGUGUUGGAAAGACUCUCUCUGAUGCCUCUUCCGGACUCGAGAACACGGCCAAGGGUGCUGGUGGUAGCAUCAAUGACGUUACUGGAGCCAAGAGCCAGCCUGAGAAGAAGUAA